GAUUGUCAUAUCAAAUGCAAGUCUUUUUAGCGUUAGGAAGUAAUAUUGGGAAUCGGCAGAAACACUUGUAUACUGCCCUUUCGAAAUUGCGUAGAAUUGCAUCGCUAAAGGAUACUUCAUUCCUUUACGAUACCAAAGCAAUGUAUGAAGAAAAUCAGAGCCGUUUCCUAAAUGCAGUGUGUAAGGUGGAAACAGACAUGUCUCCGUCUGAUCUAUUGUAUGCCUGCAAGCGGAUUGAAAAGGAAAUGGGUAGAGAAAAGACGUAUAGAAUGGGGCCGCGCGUCAUUGAUGUGGAUAUUCUUUUCUACGGAAAUGAUGUGGUAAAGAUCAACAAAGUGGAGGGAUUUGACGAUCUUACGAUUCCCCAUCAGCGAAUAGCCGAGCGUGGAUUUGUUCUGAAGCCGAUGUGUGAUAUUGCUCCAGAUUACGUCCAUCCCGUAACCAAGAAAACCGUGCGCGAGAUGCUCUCAGCCGUGGAUGCCAAGGAUUGCAUCCGUGUGCUUCCCUUGCCAAACGGAGAAGUGCUGAAUCUCCAAGACCGUCUUUUAAUCAUGGGCAUUCUCAACGUCACUCCCGACAGCUUCAGCGACGGUGGGAAGUGGAACUCCCUCGACUCCGCGGUGUCGCACGCGCUGCAGCUCAUCGACGAGGGCGCCGAUCUCCUCGACAUCGGCGGCGAGAGCACGCGUCCCGGCGCGGCGGCGAUCUCGGUGGACGAAGAGAUCCGGCGCGUGAUUCCGGUGAUCCGAGCGCUUCGAGAGGCGGGCGUGCGCGUGCCCAUCUCGGUGGACACGUACCACAGCGAGGUGGCGCGCAGAGCCGUGGAGGCGGGCGCCGAUCUGGUCAACGACAUCUCCGCGGGAGAGAACGAUCCGGCGAUGCUGCCCUUCCUCGCCGAGGCCGCCGUGCCCGUGGUGCUCAUGCAUAAGCGGGGAAACGCGGUUACGAUGGACAAGAUGACGCGGUACGACGAUGUGGUCCACGAAGUCGCAGACUACUGCAGACAGAGAGCCGAUGUCCUGAUGCAGAUGGGCGCGCCGCGAUGGAACAUUAUCGUGGAUCCUGGACUGGGUUUUGCCAAGAAUACGGAGCAGAACUGCCAGCUGGUGAAGGAAAUUCCGCGAUUCAAUCAAGUCACUGGAAACAUGCCGCUCCUCAUAGCUGCGUCUAGAAAGCGAUUUGUCGGAGAAAUCACGAAGGUGACGAAGGCGGAAGAUCGUGUUAUGGGAACCGCGGCUAUCAGCAUGUACAGUGCAGAGCAUGGAGCUCAAAUGGUGCGUGUUCAUGAUGUGAAGGCAACAAAGCAGGUUCUCGACAUGUAUUAUGGAAUUGUCCAUCCUUUUGAUGUUUUUUGUAUUAACCGCGGAAGGGGAACGCACGGAUUCCAAAAUUAUUUUUAUUGGAAUCAGAUGGAUUUUGUAAAGUCUACAAUUGCUGCUCAUCCUGUGGUCGUUUUCGGGAAAUCGUAUUGUCCCUAUUGCCACAAGGCUCUUCGCUAUUUGUCACAGACGGGAUGUCACUAUCUGAACAUCAAUUUAGAUGAACGUCCUGAUGGAGCUGAAAUCCAAAGUGCUCUUGCUUCACUCACUGGGCGAAGAACAGUUCCCAAUGUGUUUAUUAACCAACAAAGCAUUGGAGGAGGUGAUGAUACGGAAUACCUCUACCGUACUGGAGAGCUCCAAAAGUUAGUUCAGGGAUUGUAA